UGAAAACACUUCAGUUUCAGUACGAGUUCGAUUUGACAAAAAUGUCCGAAAAUGUAGAUUGUACGGUAAAAAAUACUUAAAAAAUCGUGUACUGCAAAAGUGUCCUCCUACCGUAACAGUGUUUUUUCAAAAAAGUUGAACUAAAUCAAUAAAAAUGUCAUCGGUAAAAGUAGCAGUACGAGUAAGACCAUUCAACAACAGAGAAAUUUCAAGAGAAUGCAAGUGUAUCAUACAGAUGAGUGGCAAUACCACAGCCAUCACGAAUCCAAAAGCAGACCCGAACACAAAAGAUGCUCAAAAAAGUUUUAAUUUCGACUACUCAUAUUGGUCACAUGACGAAAGUGAUCCAACAUUUUCCUCACAACUGUUAGUAUACAAAGAUAUAGGCGAAGAAAUGCUUCAGCACUCUUUCGAUGGCUACAACGUGUGCAUUUUCGCGUACGGUCAAACCGGCGCUGGAAAAUCGUAUACCAUGAUGGGCAUGCAACAAGAUGGCCAAGAAGGAAUUAUUCCGCAAGUUUGCAAAGACUUAUUUGACCGAAUACGUAAUAAUAGUUCGCCGGACCUUAAAUACUCCGUAGAAGUUAGUUAUAUGGAAAUAUAUUGCGAGAGAGUGAGAGAUCUACUGAAUCCUAAAAAUAAAGGUAACCUAAGAGUGAGAGAACAUCCUCUGCUAGGUCCAUACGUAGAGGAUCUAAGCAAAUUGGCUGUGACUAGUUACCAGGAUAUUCACGAUCUUAUCGAUGAAGGUAACAAAGCCAGAACUGUGGCUGCCACUAAUAUGAACGAAACUAGUUCAAGAUCCCAUGCCGUGUUUACAAUUUUUUUCACCCAACAAAGACUCGACGAAACAACUCAGCUAACUACAGAAAAAGUAUCUAAAAUCUCGCUGGUUGAUCUAGCGGGUUCCGAAAGGGCAGACUCGACGGGAGCCAAAGGCACGAGAUUAAAGGAAGGCGCGAAUAUUAACAAGAGUUUGACUACACUCGGAAAAGUUAUAUCAGCUUUAGCGGAGAUUGCAACGAAGAGCAAGAAAUCUAAAAAGGCUGACUUUAUACCGUACCGAGAUUCGGUUUUAACAUGGUUGUUAAGAGAAAAUUUGGGUGGCAACAGUAAAACCGCUAUGAUAGCUGCCAUUUCUCCUGCUGACAUAAACUAUGACGAGACUCUGUCCACUUUAAGAUACGCGGAUAGAGCCAAACAGAUCGUAUGCAAAGCUAUUGUUAAUGAAGACGCAAACGCCAAACUUAUUCGAGAGCUCAAGGAAGAGAUACAGAAACUUCGCGAAUUAUUAAAACAGGAAGGCAUCGACGUCCACGAGGGAGGUGGUGAUAAUAUUUUGAAUCGAAAUAAUAGGGAAAUUGAACGAUCGCGUUCUCAGUCUACCUCUCUUGCUGAGGAAGCUGUUGAUCAACUGCAGGCAAGCGAAAAACUCAUAGCAGAAUUGAACGAGACAUGGGAAGAGAAACUGAAAAAGACGGAAGCCAUAAGAAUACAAAGAGAAGCUGUUUUUGCUGAAAUGGGUGUAGCUGUCAAAGAAGACGGCAACACAGUUGGAGUAUUUUCGCCUAAAUGUACUCCUCAUUUAGUUAAUUUAAACGAAGACCCGUUUAUGUCGGAAUGUUUAAUUUACUACAUCAAGGAGGGAUUAACUCGGAUAGGUUCCGAUCAAGCUAACAUUCCACAAGACAUUCAACUGUGUGGAUCCCAUAUUAUACCAGAACACUGCGUUUUCGAAAACAAGGACAAUCGAGUAACUUUAGUUCCCCUUAAUGGAGCUUUAAUUUACGUUAAUGGUAGAGAGGUUACUGAACCGGUGCAACUGAAAACUGCAUCCAGAGUCAUCCUCGGCAAGAAUCAUGUAUUCAGAUUCACGCACCCAGAAGAAGUGAGAGAACUUAGAGAAAAAAAUAUGAUUUCAUCAGAACAUGUAGAUUGGAAUUUUGCACAAAUAGAAUUAUUAGAAAAACAAGGAGUUGAUCUUAAGGCGGAAAUGGAGAAAAAACUGGUUACCUUGGAGGAACAGUACCGUAAAGAAAAAGAAACAGCCGAUCAAUUGUUUGAAGAACAGAGAAAGAACUAUGAAGCUAGAAUUGAUGCCCUACAAAAACAGGUAGAAGAGCAAAGUAUGACGAUGUCUAUGUACAGUUCUUAUACACCAGAGGAUUUCAACAAUGAAGACGAUAUAUUUGUGAACCCUCUAUUUGACGCAGAGUGUAACUGGAGCGAAAAAGAAUUCGAACUCGCCGCACUGGCAUGGAGGAAGUGGAAAAACCAUCAGUUCACAUCGCUGAGAGACGAUCUGUGGGGCAACGCCAUCUUUCUGAAGGAAGCCAACGCCAUAUCUGUCGAACUUAAGAAAAAGGUUCAAUUCCAAUUUACUUUACUUACGGAUACACUCUACUCCCCACUGCCACCUGAUUUAAGACCAUCCAUCGAUUAUGAUCAAGAAGAAGACGUCACAAUUCCUCGAACAAUUGUCGCUGUAGAAGUGCAAGAUAUCAAAAACGGAGCCACUCACUAUUGGUCCUUAGAUAAAUUACGGCAACGUUUAGAACUAAUGCGCGAAAUGUAUCACAACGAAGCUGAAAUGUCGCCAACAUCACCUGACUACAACGUAGAAUCUUUAACCGGAGGCGAUCCGUUUUAUGAUAGAUUCCCUUGGUUCAGAAUGGUUGGUAGGGGUUUCGUCUACCUCAGCAACCUACUUUAUCCCAUUACUCUUAUCCACAAAGUAGCCAUUGUUAGUGAAAAGGGCGACGUCAGAGGUUAUUUAAAGGUCGCCGUACAAGCCGUCAUUGAUGAAGAUAAUGCUGACCAAGUAGGAGUGAGACAGAGUGCCAGGAUUGCCUUUGAAAGUACUCCAAAAAGUAUUUUGGAUAGGAAUAUAAGAAACAUGGAAGAAAGAAUCGUCGAAGGACAAAACAACAUCGAUCCGAUAAAAUUGGACGAACUUAUCGAAUGCGAUGCCGAUUCUGGUCGAGGUGACAGCUCUGUUUCUUCUGAUUUGAAAGAAGAAGAGAUACCAGAGCAUUUGUUGAUUGGUAAAGAAUUCACUUUUAGAGUAACUGUUCUCCAAGCAGUUGGAAUAUCCCAGGAAUAUGCUGACGUUUUUUGCCAAUUUAACUUCCUACACAGGCAUGAUGAAGCGUUCUCAACAGAACCCGUUAAAAACACAGGAAAGGGUACACCACUUGGAUUUUAUCACGUUCAAAAUAUCACUGUAACUGCAACAAAAUCGUUCAUUGAGUACAUCAAGAGCCAACCAAUAGUUUUCGAAGUAUUCGGUCAUUAUCAGCAACAUCCUCUACACAAAGAUGCGAAACUAGAAGGCAGUCUUCGACAACCACCUAGGAGAAUGCUCCCGCCUUCGAUACCAAUAUCUCAACCUGUACGUUCUACCAAAUUCGGAGCUUUGCCCUCACCUUGUACGGCACACAUUCAUGCCAAAGCCGAUGUUCUGGUUUGGUUUGAGAUUUGUGAGUUGGCACCUAAUGGUGAAUACGUACCAGCCGUGGUAGAGCACAGCGAUGAUUUUCCCUGCAGAGGGCUUUUCUUAUUGCACCAGGGUAUUCAGCGCCGUAUCCGUAUCACGAUCGUUCAUGACCCAGCAUCAGAAAUAAAAUGGCGAGAUGUUCGGGAAUUGGUAGUCGGCAGAAUAAGGAAUUCGCCCGAGUCUGAUGAAGACGAAGACAACGAUAACUCAGUACUAUCUUUAGGAUUAUUCCCAGGGGAAUAUCUCGAAAUUCCCGGAGAUGACAGAGUUAUGUUUAGAUUUGAAGCUGCUUGGGACAGCUCUUUACAUAAUUCUCCGUUAUUGAAUAGAGUUACUGCUCAAGGAGAGCAGAUAUUCAUGACUAUAUCAGCUUACUUAGAGUUGGAAAAUUGUGGUCGCCCAGCAAUUAUUACUAAAGAUCUGAGUAUGGUGAUCUAUGGUAGAGAUGCAAGAACUGGUCCCAGAUCUUUAAAACAUCUAUUUUCGGGCAGCUAUCGAAACGCUGAAGCUAAUCGUCUCUCUGGAGUAUACGAGUUGCUGUUACGUCGCGCUAGCGAAGCAGGUGUACAAAGACGCCAAAGACGUGUCUUAGACACAAGUACGACUUACGUGAGAGGAGAGGAAAAUUUACACGGAUGGAGACCAAGAGGGGAUUCCCUUAUAUUCGACCAUCAAUGGGAACUUGAAAAAUUAACGCGCUUGGAGGAGGUAGAAAGAGUUAGGCACACCCUGUUGCUUAGAGAACGCUUAGGAUUAGAUAGGACCAUAAACUACAACAAAUAUAAAUUGGAGUACACCAAAAAUGAGAAAGAGGCUUGCAACAUGGUCGCCAAAAAUAACAACAUUAAUGCCAUUGCAAAUAACGAUGCAGCUGCCGACUAUGCAGAAAACGAGCGUGACCUCCUCUUGAAAUGUAUUCGUCUCAUUCAAGGUAGACAUAGAGAUAGCUCAAAUAACAAUAAAGACAACGAUGUAGCUAGUCCCUCGGAAGAAGUGACCGAAAUGAGUACCAGUAUGAUGUCAAGCAUGCUGUCGAACAACUCGAUCGAACUAUGCUCUCCCGAGAGGGCCGCAGUACCUGGAGAAUGCGCACCUUACCCCAGCCACCCCCUGUCUCCUCCUGGUCCACGGGAUCCGGAACUAGUUUUGUACGUACCAGAUAUGGAGGAGAUAAGAAUUUCUCCUGUGAUAGCUAGGAAGGGUUACCUUAACGUUUUAGAGCACAAGACACAAGGAUGGAAAAAGCGAUGGGUGUCUGUUCGCCGUCCUUACGUCUUCAUUUUUCGAGACGAGAAGGACCCAGUGGAACGGGCGCUGAUUAAUUUAGCCACCGCUCAAGUAGAGUACUCGGAAGAUCAGUUGAGCACGGUCCGCCUCCCGAAUACCUUUAGCGUAGUAAGCAAGCACAGAGGCUACCUCUUACAAACCUUACACGAGAAGGAAGUACACGAUUGGUUGUACGCCAUCAAUCCACUGCUAGCCGGGCAAAUUAGAUCCAAAUCCGCUAGACGUAACCCGCAAAAUACCAUUGAAAAUACGAAGGAAAUUACGGUUAAUUUGAAAUGAGAUUUAAUCACUAUGGAAUCCGUGUUGGUUUACUAGUAGCUUUAAUGUAUGUAAGUUAUCUCAUUGUCUUUAAAAAUUGUGAUCUGAAGCUAUAAAAGAAACUUUAAUGUACUACUUAAUAUCGGUGUUUGCAAUUCUUCAAUGUAAAAUUAAAAAAAAAAAAACAAGUCGCAGUAUUUGUCUAAGAUAUUUGUAUAGUUGAUAUAAAGUGCGCGAGAAACAUUGAAGGUUGUCAUUCAUUUAUUUUUUAGUCUUUUGGUUCAUAUUAUCAAUUUUGUUUCUUCAGUUUGAUUGCAAAGAAAAUAAAAUCGGCUUCAAUUGACUCGUAAUACCAAAUUAUCGUGUGUAAUUUGUUAAAAGUAAAUAAGCCUAUUUCUAUUUUUAACCGACUUCAAAAAAAGAGGAGGUUAUCAAUUCGUCGCGAUAUUUUUUUUUUUAUGUAUGUUCAGCGAUUAUUCUUUAACACGGUGUCCGAUUUCAAUGAUUCUUUUUUUGUUAGAAAGGGGGUAUUUCAGGGGUGGUCCCAUAUAAAUUUAGUCAAAAUCUAAUAAUUGGGUCCAUGAGAAAAUCCUCAAACUCUUCAUUUUUUAUGUAUGUUCAGCGAUAAUUUUUUAACACGGUGUCCGAUUUCAAUAAUUCUUUUUUUGUUAGAAAGGGGCUACUUUAGGAGUGGUCCCAUAUAAAUUUGGUUAAAAUGUGGUGAUGGCAUCUGCACGUUUUUGAAGUCGGUUUUUUUAAAUUUUUAAUUUGUAAUACUUGUAUAGCCUCUUUAUUACCCAAAAAAUUUCAGACACUUUCAAAACUCUCAAAACAGUUUUUAAACUCAUCGUUUUUGUCACAAUUUAAAGACUUUUUAUCCGGGGAAAGAAAGGGCCCGUAUGUGGUGAUGAAUAAGGUGGUGGGGUUUGCGGUUUUGCUGCAGCCCAUUUUAUGACAUUUAAGUUUUGCAAGUAUAUUGUAAAAAUAUUGCGACCGUUUUGCAAUAUAAAAUUAUAAAAAAUUAUAUGUUAAUUUCAUACUUUUUGUGGACUUGCAAAUUUGAAUAAACAGGUCUAGCGAGUUUAACAUAAAAUUUACAGAAAAGUUAAUUUUACUUUGUGAAAAAUUUGCAAAAUAUUGAUCAUUGCUAAUUUUCUCUAUUUGCCGACGUCAUGCUGUUGCAAAAUGAAUAGCAUGCGGUCAUUUGCAAUCAAUGUUUGUACAAGUUACAAUUUUUCCGAACCUUAAUAGCAAUUAAUUAAAUGAGAAAAACCAAACUUGGUAGAUUUCACAAACACUUUUAUUAAAAAAAUUAUUUUUAUUAUAAUCGCGUCCUCUGUUCCUAUAGAAGAAUCGAGCAUGUACCUAGAUAAUACAGGCUUUGAUAUGACAUGUGCUACUCUCUUUAUCAUUUGCUUGUUCCAGAGUAAAGAGGCUGACGUCGUUUAUCGCAAAAGGAAGUUUAUCAUUAUAAACUUCUGUAAAAAAAAGUGUUAUUCAAAAAUAAAUUGGACGUGGAAUCAUAUAAAAUCGUUCUCAUUAUAAAUAAAGAUUUCAACAUUAUGUAGCACCUUCUACUUGACAUAACAGCAUGGAAUAUCCAAGUACAGCUAGAUACUGAUGGAUCCCUAACACGCAAGCAGCAUGGGAAGUUUAUAGGUAAUUAAAAAAACUGAAUAAUUCUUGUUUUUAAGGACCUCUCUCUCUCGUAUACCUACUUUCAAAUAAAAAUUGUCUUAUUCUGAAUAUGUAUGUUUUAUACAAACAUUGAGAAACAAAAUUCAAAACCAGUAACUCAAUUUAUUUAUUUAAGAGUAAUUAUUUCAAAAAAAUAGUGUCAAAAACUUCUCCGACAAUUGAUAAGCCAUGAAAAUUUGUAAUGUAUUAUGAAUGAAAAAAUGUAAGUCAAUAAUAUCAUCUAGUAGAAGCCAAAUUUUUAUCAUGAGAACUACUCAUAAAAUGAGAGUUUGUAAUGAACAUUAAAGCUCAAAGCUUGCUUUUUGAUUUUGUUUGUUGAAUCAGUCGUAUAUUGAGUGAAAGAAACAAAUUGACAAUAUGAACCAAAACGUUGUCUCUGUUAACAAUUUUUCAUACUGUGAAAAAUCGCUAAAAUUAGACAAUUAAUUAUUAAAAACGGUGUUUCGUUGCAUAACCAAAAGCGAUUAAUAAAAGAAUUGUAAAUUUUCAAAAAUAAGGACUUAAAAUGCGAAAGUCUUUAAAUUUAUCCGCAGUAUUCUCCUUAUUAACGUUUCGGUGAAAAUGGAAACAUCGCUCAUAUAAUUUAUUGGAUUCCAUAUGUGAUUAAGAAUAUAAAAAUCUAGUCAUUUUUUUUUAAUUCAUAGGUUAUAUUUAUUGUUUAUUAAUUUUUUACAACUUUUUAAAUAUUGAAAUGUGCAUAGAGUUAUGAUAUAUAGUAUAAAUUGAUGAGGAAUUGUGGAAAAAAAAUAGAGAAAUACCUAACUUUGUUAAACUAUAGUCUUAUACGAAUAUUAAUUUGAGCAAUGAUCUCAGUGUUUUUAGGAGAAUUAAAAAAGAAGCUUAUAAUUCUAAAGCCGAUAUGAACGCAUGAACAGUAUUCACGUCAAAUUUUUCAAAAAGUCCUUUAUCAAAAGACUCAAAAUUGUAAAAUUUUAUACAAAUUCAAAUAGUGGGACAACUUGAGAAUUUUAACACCUGGCAACACCCAAGUUUAAGUAAAAGUUUAACGAAAGUGUGGCUUGCUUGUAUAAACACAAAUACGUGCAAAAUGUAACUAGCUUUUAAAAAAACCACACGCACACAUGAAUUUAUAUGACGAAUUCAAAUAUUUAAUAUCAUAUGAGGGUUAUCCCAACAGUAAUGCACAGUUGGCUCUAACCAGGCUUUUAAAAUAAUUCCCUAAAUUAUCAAUUCCCCCAUGCCAUCGGCGCGAAUGUGUUUGGAUUCCGUUCAGCGUCCAGUACUUAUUGAGCAUCCGAAUAUGUCGGUUCACUUCUUUUCAAAGCUCUUCCAGCUUCGGAAAAUGCACUCCCGAAGGACUUUCUUCAGUUUUAGAUACAUAUCGAAGUCAGGUAUGCUCAGAUCAGGAUUGUACAAAAUCAACGAACGCAAUAUUCCUGGACUAUUGCUGAAAUCUGACCCAACGGACUGUUCUCGUUGUCUUUUCGAUUUUUUUCAUUUUCCAUUUAAACUAAUCCCACCCUAUGAUACCGAAGUGUUUUUAAGACUUCAAUCUACAUACUGAUGCUUCAAUCAGCUGUCUACGUUGUAUACAACGCCCUCUAGAGCGCGCUGUGUAUUACUUUGGAAAAACCCUCGUAAUUGAUUAAAUUAUCCGAAACCUUGGCAGCCUCAAAAAUUCGAUAUCUAAGUACAUUUGAGGUUCAUUUGCAUCCUGGUUGUUAUAUAUUAUAUAGAGACUCAGAUAGCCCCAAAAAAUGUUUUUAAGUAACUAAAAGUCAGUGAAGCAGAAAGAAAAUAUAUAAUUUUUUUUAUUAAUAAAAUUUGGCUGUGAAUACUCUUUCAUUAUUCUUUCAGUAGAAUUUGUAACUGUAAUACAUGUACCAAGUUUCACCUCUAACCUAUAAAAUUUUUACUUGUAAGGCCUCAUUUUUUAAGGUGCAGUAAUCAUAAAUACAUGUGACAUGAACACAGAUUUUACUUUCGGGCACUGUAAGUGUUAAUGUACAGGGUGUUAUUUCUUCUGUCUUUUUUUAUGUAAUUUUUGUUUAGCGAAUAUUGUGAUCAUCGUGAUUGCAUUCCUGGAUUUUUGUAUAUAUUUUUUUCAGUUUUUAGACAUUAAUAUUUUUAUUUGCACUGUUACAUAAGUGAAAAUCACCAAAUUUGUUAUUUUGUUAUUAUUUUAGGCAAUGGAUUUGGUGAUUUAACUUGUUUUAUUGUAUUAACGACCACGUGACUGAUAGUUUUUUAGUGCGGCUAAUCUUGAAACACUAGUUGAAGGUUUAGAAUAUAUUUUUGGAAAUGGUUUUGGGAUGGGCAUUAGGUCUCACUUGGAAAGUAGUCAGUGGGUAAUUUUUAAUUAACGGAACUUCUACAUAUUGACAUGUUUCUGUAUCUUAAAAAUGUUUAAUAUAAAUAUUAUUUGUGAUAAUUAAAAGUCUAAACUUUCAUAACUAUGAAACACAGUUGUUAUCAAGUUAGACAAUUUUGCUGAUAUUUAAGCAACUGUAGAGCUAUUUUCAAUAUAAGUUAUUGAUACUGUACCCAGUCACUAUUUCUUAAAAGCAUGUAAAAGCAAUUAAAUGAUGGUGAAAGAUUGUGUAUAUGGGGAUCAAAAAAGUAGUAUAUCAUCGAAUCUUGCUUUUGCCACGUUUUAGCUCAAAUAAUUUAAAUAGUUAAUAAUAUUUGGGGUUCAAUUUCUUUACUCCUUUCAUAUAUAAAGGGUGUCCCAUCAAGAGCGCCGGAUUUAAAUUUGCCGCCAUUUUGUUAAUACGAGUUGCACUGU